AUGCCGGCGAAGGGUGCCAAGCCUCGUUGCCUCCUCAUCGGCGGCCAGUUCACGGGGAAUUUUUGCGCCAGGGAGCUGAAGAAGCAGUUCUAUGUUACCGUGGUGGAUGCCAAGGAGUACUUCGAGUACACCCCCGGGGUGCUCCGGGCCUUCGUGAGGCCUGCGCACCUGGACUCCCUGACCUUCACCCUACAGCCCGUCUACGAGCGGAAGAUGGGCGUGAAGUUCAUCUGGGGUGAGGUGAAGGAGCUGGACGGCGACCGCAAGACGGCCACCAUCAAGCCCAUGUUCUCCAACAACAUGGACGAGAUCGGCUUCGACUACUGCAUCAUCUGCUCGGGCUGCAACUUCGGGCCCUUCAAGCCCAUGGGCGAGAGCUUGUGGUUCCCCACCGUCCACGAGGCGGGCCAGGCCGUGAGUGACUGGAAGCACAUCGACGAGCGCUUCCUUGAGGGCCGCCGGCGCCACGUCCUGGAGGAGUACCAGAAGCUCCAAGACCUGAACAAGAAGAAGGCCACGGUCCUCAUCGUGGGCGCCGGCUUCAUUGGCGUGGAGUGGGCCACGGAGAUCGAGCACUUCUUCCCGGAUGUGAAGCUGACCAUCAUCGACUUCCUCCCGCGCUGCCUGGGGCCUUUGCCAGACAGCGCCGCGGACUACUGCUCGGAGUACAUGAACGCCUGCGGCAUCAAGGAGUUCUACAGCUGCGGCUACGACCCCAAGAACGCCGACUUCUGGAAGAAGAUCGAGCUCCCAAACGGUGCGGAUGAAGUCUACGUUUGCAUUGGUGUCAAGGCCUCCAACUACUUCAUGCCCAAGUGCACGCUCUCCGACAAGGGCCCGGGUGGAGGUGGCUGGAUCCACUUCAACAAGCACAUGCAGGUGACGAAGAAGCCCUCCGAGGGUGGGGGCGUCUGGGCCGAUGGAACCAUCUACGCGGUGGGCGACUGCAACUACGGGUGCAUCGGGGAGCCCGGCAAGUGGGAGAUGCCGCCGGUCCCGAAGAUCUCCUACCCCGGUGAGGAGCAGGCCUACCACGCCUGCCUGAACGUCAUGCGCAUGGCCAAGAACAACAAGAACCUGGUGACGACCUGGUGGCCUUGGGGCGCCGGCAUGUUCGCCACGAGCCUGGGCCCCCACGACGCCUGCUUCGUCGUCGCGGCCAACGAGAACAAGGGCUCGGGCUACAUGGUGAACUGGUGGAUCCCAGCUGCCCUCCAGAAGGAGAUCAUCGAGACCACCAAGAUUGAUGAGUGCCGCGAUCGCUGGAUCGGCAUCCUGAUCUGGCACUUCGUGCACCACACCCCGGUGCACCUCUUCGGCCGCGGCCCUUGGUUCGUGUAG